GCACCCCUCCGUGCCGGUUUGCCAGCUGUGUCUUUGGAGCUGGGGCGGCCUGCAAACUCAACCGCCAGCGUUUCUAACUUUCACCUGAGGGUCCCGGCACACGUGCGGCAGAUACCCCCACCCCCUCUUGGGAGGCGGGGCCCUGCUCAGAGCCAAUGAGAGCUUCGGGGGGUGGAGGGGUAGGGAAGCUUCCAGAGGCAGCCAGGGAGGAGGUUUUAAAAGGGAGCACCGACGGGCCCACAAGAGAGCCAUGCAGUCCAAGCGGGAGUGCGAGCUGUGGUGUGAGAGGGUGAAUCCGGAGAACAAGGCGGCGCUGGAGGCGUGGGUCAGGGAGACGGGCAUCUGCCUGGUGCAAGUGAACGGGCAGAGGAAGUAUGGCGGGCCACCCCCAGGCUGGGUAGGCAGCCCGCCGCCGCCCGGGUCGGAAGUGUUUAUCGGUAGGCUGCCCCAGGACGUGUACGAGCACCAGCUGAUCCCACUGUUCCAGCGCGUGGGCCGUCUCUACGAGUUCCGCCUGAUGAUGACUUUUAGCGGCCUGAACCGCGGCUUCGCCUAUGCCCGCUACAGCUCGCGGCGCGGGGCCCAGGCCGCCAUCGCCGCGCUGCACAACCACCCGCUGCGGCCCUCCUGCCCGCUGCUCGUGUGCCUCAGCACCGAGAAGUGUGAGCUGUGUGUAGACGGGCUGCCACCGGCUCUGACCCGCCGCGCGCUGCUGCUCGCGCUGCAGCCGCUGGGCCCUGGCCUUCAGGAGGCGCUGCUGCUGCCCAGCCCCGGGUCGGAGCCCACACAAAUGGCACUGCUCAAGUUCAGCUCGCACCGUGCCGCGGCCAUGGCCAAAAAGGCUCUGAUGGAAGGGCAGUCACGCCUCUGUGGAGAGCAGGUGGCUGUGGAGUGGCUCAAGCCAGACCUGAAGCAGCGACUCCGCCAGCAGCAGGUUGUGGGGCCCUCCUCAAGGGGUCUACAGCCAGAGGGUAGCCAAUUGGUGCUGGCUAGGGACAAGCUAGAGUCCCAAGGGGCUCGAGCUGCCCUGCAGCUGCUGUGCCAGCGGAUGAAGUUGGGCAGCCCAGUGUUCCUCACCAAGUGCUUGGGCACAGGCCCUGCUGGCUGGCACCACUUCUGGUACCAGGUGGUGAUCCCUGGGCAUCCAGUGCCCUUCAGCGGCCUCAUCUGGGUGGUACUGACCAUGGAUGGGCAGGAUGGGCAUGAGGUAGCCAAGGAUGCUGUGUCUGCACGGCUCCUGGAGACACUGAGUGAGUCUGGGGACAGCCUCCCGUGGCCUGCUGGAGCUGAGGCAGGUACCAUGGUUAAGUAGUAACCCCAUUGUCUCCACAGGCAGCCUGAACAAGUAGGCAGAGCCUGUGUCAGUCUCCAACCCAGCAGGCCUGGGUAGCCACCAUCUGAUCCCCAAAAAAGGGGAGGAGCCUGGGCCCUGCCCUGAGCCUGACAGCCUCCCAGCUGGGGCACAGCCCCAGUGCACCUAGGGACAGC